GUAGCUGCAAUUCUCGCGAUGUUGUGUCCGCGACACUGUUUUGUGCGGAAUAAUGGCCGCUCUCGGAGCGAUGCCUGGAACGGGGAACAACAUAAGAACCACAUUGGGGCGUGACAGCUGACCUACAACAAACUAAACAAGUUGGGCAUCUUCUCCCCUACCCUGCCUCCGAACGGAUGGGUAGAGGGGGUAUAUGCCAAGGGAUUCAAGGAACAAGAAAGACACAGGUUAAGUGGUCAGUGAGAGGGAAACUAGCCAGUCUGGUAGCUAGCUGACUAGCAUUAGCCCGUGAACGACACCUGCUAGCUAGCAAGCUAAUCCGGCAAAACCUAUUGCACUUAAUGUUACCCGGUUAGCUAAUAUAUUAGCUAUAUUUGCAUUGCUUUGGUAGAGGUGAAUAUUUAGACAUUACGACCGACUCAAGCUGGCCAGAAGACUGGUUGGAAGCCUGACAUCUCCGCUAGUAUGAGUGGACCUGGACAAGACGGCGAGCCAGAGGCUAAAGUCCUUCAUAUCAAGCGGCUAUACAGGGCGGUGGUGGAGUCUGUGCACAAGUUGGAUGUCAUCAUUGGCAGUAAAUCAUCCUACAGAGAGGUCUUCAAGCCAGAGAACAUCAGCCUUCGCAACAAGUUAAGAGAAUUGUGUGUGAAGCUCAUGUUCCUUCAUCCUGUUGACUAUGGACGCAAAGCUGAGGAGCUUCUUUGGAGGAAGGUUUAUUAUGAGGUCAUCCAGGUCAUCAAGACCAACAAGAAGCACAUUCACAGCCACAGCGCACUGGAGUGUGCCUACAGAACUCACCUGAUCGCAGGGGUGGGCUUCUACCAGCACCUCCUGCUCUACAUCCAGUCCCACUAUCAGCUGGAGAUGCAGGACUGCAUCGACUGGACGCACGUCACCGACCCCCUCAUCGGUCGAAAGAAGCCAGUGUCCGCCUCACCCAAAGAGAUGGAGUGGGCUCAGAUGGCAUGCCACAGAUGCCUGGUUUACCUGGGAGACCUUGCACGCUACCAGAACGAACUGGCCGGGGUAGAAGCGGAACAGCUGGCCGAACGUUUUUACCACCAGGCUCUGUCUGUCUCGCCACAUGUCGGAAUGCCUUUUAAUCAGCUGGGCACGUUAGCGGGUAGUAAAUACUACAACGUUGAAGCCACAUACUACUACCUACGCUGCAUACAGUCGGAGACUCCUUUCGAGGGAGCGUACGGGAACCUGAAGCGCCUCUUCGACAAGGCAGCUAAGAUGUACCACCAGGUGAAGAAGCAGGAGAUGAAGAAGCUGUCUCCCUCAAGGCAAAGGUCCAAAGACAUCAAGAGACUCCUGGUGAGCUUCAUGUACUUGCAGAGUCUACUGCAGCCCAAGAGCAGCAUUAUUGAGGCGGAGCUGACGGCGCUGUGCCAGUCUGUGCUGGAGGACUUCAACCUGGUGCUCUUCUACCUGCCCGCGCCCCCGCUCGCUGCGCUGUCGGCCGGCGAGGAGGAAGAAGAGCAGCAGCACGACACCGGCUGCUCCGUGCUGCCCGACACCCUCGUCUUCAAGAUGGUGGUCACCUGCCUCAUGGUGGUGCACAACCUCAAGAGAGGAGGGUCCAAGCAGUACAGUGCCUCCAUAGCCUUCACCCUGGCUCUCUUCUCCCACCUGGUCAACCACGUCAACAUCCGCCUGCAGGCAGAGCUAGAAGAGGGGGAGAUCCAGGUACCCGCCCUGCGCACGGACAACGCCGAUGACCCUGAGGUGAGAGAGGCGUCCAUCACCACUGGUCCUGAGGAGCGAGUCCUCCACAAUGGCUCACUAGAGGACGAGGAGGAGGAGGAGGAAGAGGAUGAGGAGGAAGAUGAGGGCAAAGGCAGCAGGGAGGACGGCCAGAACGCGGGCGGAGCCCAACGUGACGGGCCCAGGAGGAACGCCGCAUCCCAGAAGCCCGGGGCGGCUGGCAGUGCUGCCAGCGGCGACAAGCUAAAGCCGAAGAGGAAGUUCUCGCGCCUCUCCAUGAUGCGGCGGCGCCGCUGUGCCCGCAAGCAGGACGAGAGCGACCUGAGCGAGGGUUUCCAGAGCGACGAGGAGGAGGACGAUGAUGAAGAGGACGGCGGCCGGCGGAGCGUGGACGAGCCCCUGGGGGUUUCCUCGGGGGCGACGGUGAACCCUCCCGCCUUGGGGGGGAAGGAGGGCAGGAGACCUCCUCUCACGGGGGCGCCCAGCUGGGAGAGCGGCACUGACGAGGAGGAGGAGGAAGAAGAGGAGGAAGAGGGCGGCACGGCCUUCGACGUGGAGACCGACUCGGACAUGAACAGCCAGGAGUCGCGUUCCGACUUGGAGGACAUAGAGGACGGCAGCGGGCAUGAAGCGCACGAGGAGGGAGAAAACGAGGAAGAUGAUGUUGACGACGAAGACCAGCAGCAACAGCAGCCCCAACAACAACAACCACAACAGCAGCAGCAACCGCAACCACCACAGCAGCAGCAGCCGUCGCGGGAGGAAGGUUCCGGAAGCCCCCUGGUCACGAACGGUCCCUUACUCUCCAGCGACCUCAGCAUCAGUAGCAACCUGCAGGCCAUGUCCUCGCAGCUCUUCCAGGCCAAACGCCACUUCCGCCUGGCGCCCACCUUCAGCAACGUGAUGAUUCGGCCACAGAGCACGCCCAGCCCUGCGCCUGACUCCGCCCCCGACUCCGCCCCCUCACCCCAACCCCCUGUCCUUCCUGAAGACGUGCCUAGCAACCUUGGUCCUGGCACAGCCAAUGGCACGAAUGAUAACGAGAUGGACUCGGACUCCGAGGUCAGCGUACACAGCAACCACUCCGUCCACAGUGAGAAGACCCUCUCGGAGAGGCUGCAGAUUCUGACCAAUCAGGGGCUGAUUCCAGUGGUGAAGGUCAUUGUGGAUUGGUUGAGGACGAACACAGACAUCAUUCUCAUGUGUGCUCAGAGUUCUCAGAGCCUGUGGAACCGCCUCUCUGUGCUUCUCAAUCUGCUGCCUGACGGGGCCAAGAUGCUGGAAGCAGACCUGGGUGUGAGCCUGGAGGUUGGCAUGCUGCUUGGCGAGUGUGAGCAGCCGGGGCUGGCGCAGACUCUUCUGCUGCCCGAGGACCUGGCCCUGCGCCACCUGCCCGCCCUCAGCCUGGCACACAGGCGCCUGGACUUCAGCGCCACCCGCCCAUCUCUUAGCCCACUGCAAGAGAGUAUGGUACGCUUGUGCUGCAUCCGCAGUUUCGGCCACUUCCUCACCAGUCUCCAAGGCAACGUGCUGCACUUCAACCCAGAGGCGGGCAUCUUCACCAGCAUCAGCCAAUCGGAACAGGACAACCUGGUCCAGCAGGCCAAGGCCCAGUUUCGCAUGGCAGAGGACGAGGCUCGCAGAAAUCGCCUGAUGAGAGACAUGGCUCAGCUGCGCUUACAGUUGGAGGUGUCUCAGCUAGAGGGCAGCCUGCAGCAUCCCAAGGCUCAGUCGUCCAUGUCUCCGUACCUGGUGCCGGACUCGUCAUCACUGUGCCAGCACCUCCCCCUGCUCAGGCAGCUGGCCGCCAGCGGCUGCUUCAUCAUCAUCAUCCCCCGCACAGUGAUCGACGGGCUGGACAUGUUGAAGAAGGAGAACGCCGGAGCGAGGGAUGGAAUCCGCUUCUUGGAAUCGGAGUUUCGCAAGGGGAAUAGGUACAUCCGCUGUCAGAAGGAGUCAGGGAGGAGUUUUGAGAGGGACAAGCUGAAGCGGCAGGACCCUGAGGCCUGGCAGCUGUAUAAGAUGGUGGACAGCUGCCGUCAGCUGACGGGAUCGCAGAGCAAUGGAGACGAGGAGACGGUUGGCAUGGUGACCAUCCUUACUGGUCACUCCAUUUCCGAGCUGUCUGCUCGCUCUGCACCCAUGAAGGCUGCCAUGGCAGCAGUGGCAGCAGCAGGCAUGGAGCUGAAGAACGUGGUGGAGUUCUACCGGCAGUGGAAAGAGAUGGGCUGAGGAAACUUGCUGCGUGGCUAUUUCGGCUGAAUCACACAUCCACUCCCUCUCUCUCUCUUUUUCUCUCUCUCGCUCUCUCUCUCUCUCUCUCCCUCUCUCUCUCUGUCCUCAUCCACUCUACUGCUCUGUCUGUAUCUGCGUCUCCGAGACAACAAGCAAACAUGAAGUCGAACCAGUUGAGAGAGCGCAUAUAUAUGACAGGAGUUCUGAGACUGCUGUGUGUAUAUGGCAGAGCACAGGAAUAGGGAGAACUGGAGAAAGGAUUUAAAAAAUAAAACAACCAAGAUGAAAUAUUUCGAGCGGAUGAAACGAAACGCUGAUCCUUCAUCCAUCUCUCACCCACAGAAGUGGAGUAAGAAGAGGGUUUGGGGAGGCCGUUCAGAUAUAAGUGUCCCUGGUUCAAACGUUUCAAACCCAACCAGGUCAUGAUUGAGGAGGCGAGGGUUAAUAACCUAACGAGAGAGAGAGACGCACACACAUACACAUGCAUAUACACAACCUGAGGAGAAGACGUGAUUACCAAUAUAUAUAAAUAUAUAUAGAGCGCAAUGUUUAUUUGUUUUUGUUUUUUUGUUUGUUUGUUUUCUUCCUUUUUACGAGUUCAGUGAGUUUUGGGUGCAGAUCUGGGGUUGCGACUUUCCAGUCUGCUCCAGACGGGACCUGUGUCAAAGUGGUAGGGCGGCGGUGAAGGUGUGAUUGCAGCCACUGUGUAACACAAGACACCACUGCUCCUUACUCCCCGACAGGAAAGUUCUGGAACCUGUACUCAUGUUGGGCCCUUCGCGCCAGAUCAUGGCUCCUUUAGCACGAGUAGAACUCACCCAAGGAGUCAAGAUAGAAGGAUUUGCUCCUCUGUCGGGAUUGGUUUCCUUUUUCCUUUGUGGCUUUUUCGUUUUUGUUUUUGUUUUGCUGUGUACUUUUUGUGACCAGUGACUUAAUGUAUUCAGUUAUGUAUGUAUAGUGAGAAAAAGGGUUAUGUAAGAAAAAAAAAAAACAAGAAAACCAACAAAAACAUAAAGAUGGAUGGUUUUAUGCGAUUUUAUUUUUGUAUGUUGUACCGUUUUCUGUGUCUUGUCUUUCUUUUUUUGGGCCUUUGUAAACUGUGCCGAACACAGUGAGGGGAAGGGGUUAGAGGGGUGGGUCGGGCGGCUGACUCGAUCAUGUCUCCUUAAACAGUCUUGUGAUCUGUCUGUUUCAUGCUCUCAUGAGAGAGGUCACCACAGAGGUCAUAGCUCUGAAUGAUGAUCACCUCUUAGCCCAUUGCCAUCAGCUCAUCUGAAACCCCAGUGCAGUGCCGUCAGGUGUGGAGAAGGUUGUGUUCGACUCAUUGAACACCCCAAAACCCCCUGUCGUUCCUCGCAGACCUACUAAACCGCAACAUCUUCAUCACCAGUUUCUCCAUUAGCAACCACACAACCAUACCCUACAACAUCAUUCCCGCCAUGCACAGUGCAAAAGGAAAACAAAUGUACGUGUGAGUUUCACGCAUUCAACAAUAAAAAAAACAAGACUUCAUUUGA